AUGUGGUCGAUUACGAUUACUGCUAAAAAGUGGAAUCAUUAUGGUAUAUUAGUGUUAUUUCUAAUAUCUAUUGUUAUUAUGUUCUUCACGAUUGGGAUGUUACACUACCGUAUUAUACAAAUCAAGACGGACUUUACCUGUAAUGGAACAGCUUGGAACCAACCUGUUGUAAGUUAACCUUGCCAUUUUUCAGUUUAUAAAGAAAGUUCUUGCUAUUUCUUGUUUUGUAAAGAAAGUUCUUGCCAUUUUCUGUUUUGUAAAGAAAGUUAUUGCCAUUUUAAGUCAUGUAAAAAAAGUUCUUGCCAUUUUACAUUUUCAUUUUCAGUUACUGAGAUUAUACAACAGAAAUGCGAACCUAAGUGAUGAUUAUCGACCGGUAAAUCUAAUAGAAGCAAAAGGAACAAAUGAUGACUUUAAUGGCUCUUAUUGGUACCAAACGGCAUCAAGAGGCUUUGGAGAGUUCAAAUUGGUCAUUCAAGUGUAAGUUUACGUUUUAUGGCAAGAACUUUCUUUAAAAAGCAAAAAAUGGCAAUAACUUUCUUUACAAACCAUAAAAUGGCAAGAAAGUUCUUUACGAAACAAAAAAUGGCAAGAAUUUUCUUUACAAACCAAAAAAUGGCAAGAACUUUCUUUACAGCUCCAAUUUUUUAGAGUCCACAACUGUGGAGACAGGUGUAGAGUAAUGACAGUCGAUUCGCUCAAUUCAACCACCGAACUUUGGGAGUUGGGCCAGGAAUGUCAACAAGAAGACCUACUAGAUUUGGCAAUCAGGGAAUCAGAUAGGAUGUGA